AUGGAUCCUCUUCACACUCGUAACAAUGCCCUCAAGGUCAACCCUCCGGGUGGCCAAUCCCACCUUUCUGUGAAUGGCUCCAACUGGCUCUUUGCUGUGAUGGCUUGCUUCACAGUGUCUUUUCUUGUAUAUUAUGGGCUUAGCUUCAAGCCGCGCAACGGAGAAAAAGUAUUCCAUUACCUCUUCACCAUCGCCCUGCUCAUUGGCUCCAUCUCCUAUUUCGCCAUGGCCUCGGGACUUGCGUACUCCGUCAUCCCAACAGAACGUUAUAUUCUAGAUGCUGCGACCUACCAGAUAUUCUUCGCCAAGUAUAUCUUCUGGGUCGUUGCUUUCCCUGCAAUUAUUAUUGCCCUCGGGCUUAUCAGCGGCGUAAGCUGGGCGACCAUCUUCUUCAACGUCUGCGUAUCUUGGGCCUGGAUCAUCGCAUAUCUCUGCUCUGCCUACACUGCCACCCGCUACAAAUGGGGAUUUUAUGGCUUCGGAACCGCCGCCUAUGUUAUCCUCGCUAUCCAGACUCUGUGGGCAAGCCGAUCCUCGGCCAAUCGCCUCGGCACAGGGCGCGACCAUACCAUGCUAGCUGGAUACGUCAACCUGUUUUGGUUUCUAUACCCUAUCGCCUUCGCUGUCUCAGAUGGAGGCAACGUCAUAGGCGUGACCCAGAGCUUCAUCUUCUUUGGCAUCAUUGAUCUCCUCCUUGUGUGUGGCACCGCGUUUAUCUUCCUCAUUCUGGCACGGAAGUGGGACUACGGGCGUAUGAAUCUACAUUUCACCCAGUACGGCCGUGUCAACCGCACGUACCCUGAGAAGCAUGCUGUGCCCGUCGCCGCCACAGCCAAUCCAGCUACCCGCGUUUGA